CUUCUCCCUCAUUGGAUCUGCAAGCACUUUACCCCAAUCCACGACGACAUCUCCGUCGCCAGAUUACAAGGCAAAGAACGGCUCCGAUCUUUUCGGUAUUCGGCUCGUCUCUCUCCCUCCUUCGCAUCCUCUCCCCGAUCCCAACCCUCAUCAUCUUCUUCUUGUAUAUCACAAUCUCAAAUUCCUCCCCAAGGAUGAACAGCACCUACACUGCCCUCCCUGUAUCUUCCUCCAUCGAGCUCCAAGCCAAAUCCCCAACCCUACCUCAAGACCCUCCCAAGAAGCAGGAAGAAUUCGGCGUUGAGCUACCCCUCAUCCUCGACGCCGCCGGUGCCGGGUACGGACCUGCCGCCGCGGGAUCCGGCGUGCCCGGCGCCGUCUUCAACCUCGCCACCUCGAUCAUCGGCGCCGGGAUCAUGGCCCUUCCCGCCACCCUGAAGGUCCUCGGCCUCCUCGUUGGUUUCGUCUCCAUCGUCCUCAUGGGAAUCCUGUCCGAGAUCAGCAUCGAGCUCCUCGUCCGGUUCUCCGUCCUCUGCAAGUCGUCCUCCUACGGGGACGUCGUCCAGACCGCCCUCGGCCGCCCCUUCAAGAUCGUCUCCGAGAUCUGCGUCAUCAUCAACAACGCCGGUGUCCUCGUCGUCUACUUGAUAAUCAUCGGGGAUGUGAUGUCAGGAUCCUCGAAGCACGUCGGCGUCUUCGAUCAAUUGCUCGGGAGUGGCGGCGAGUGGGAUCACAGGAAAUUGGUGAUCCUUGUGGUAUUGGUCAUCUUCUUGGCCCCUCUUUGUUCUCUGGAAAAGAUCGAUUCGCUUAGCCUCACUUCAGCUGCCUCCGUGGCUCUUGCCGUUGUCUUCGUGAUCGUGUCGUCCAUCAUUGCGUUGGUUAAGCUCGUUGAAGGCAGGAUAGGGACGCCAAGAUUGGGGCCUGAUUUUGGAUCGAAAGCUGCCUUCUUGGAUCUGCUGGUGGUCGUUCCGAUAAUGACUAAUGCCUAUGUUUGCCAUUUCAAUGUUCAGCCCAUCUACAAUGAGCUCGAGGGGAGAACGCCAAAGAAGAUGUACCUUGUCAGUAGGAUCACCACAGUGUUGUGUGUGGCCAUCUAUGCCUCAACUGCUAUAUCAGGAUACCUGUUGUUUGGGGAUGACACCGAGUCGGAUGUGCUGACAAAUUUUGAUAAGGAUCUUGGAAUUCGGUUCAGUUUGAUCCUGAAUUAUGUGGUGAGGAUUGGAUAUAUUCUUCAUCUGAUUCUUGUUUUCCCUGUCAUUCAUUUUUCGCUCAGGCAGACGGUAGAUUCGCUAGUGUUUGCAGAAUCAGCUCCUGGAAGUAGGAAAAGGAUGUUGACUUUGACGGCUGUGCUACUUGCUAUUAUUUAUCUUGGUUCUACUAUGAUACCAAACAUCUGGGUGGCUUUCAAGUUUACUGGUGCUACAACUGGCUUGUCGCUGGGGUUUAUAUUUCCAGCUCUUAUUGCAUUGAGAUUGGAUAAGAAAGAAAAGGUUUUAAAUCUUAGAGAGAGGUACAUGUCAUGGCUGAUGUUAGUAUUGGCAGUGGUUGCUAGUAUUUUGGGAGUUGUUGGGAAUAUCUUUACUCUUAAAAAUAGGUCUGAGUGAUUUAUAUUGCGUUAGUUCCCAAUUAGGUAUGUGAAGUUGAAGUUAUGCAAAUUUUUUUGGUCAUGCCAUGAUGAUGACCGAUUUAUAUGGUUGAUGAAGAUUGAGACAAGAAAAUUGACCUUUGCGGCAGAAAAUCUUGGUUGUUCUGGGCCUUCUGCCACAUACUGGCUUGCCAAGCAGGAACAUAAUGAGUUCUAGUUUUGUUUAUAGCAUACUUCGGUUGAGAUAUGUAGUGCCAGAUUAAUGCCUUGAGAGCUUUUAGAAGUACUUACUCAGAUCUGAGACAUCCUUGCUACUCCUGUUCUCAGUUUUGACCAUUCUAUGAAAAUUGUUGAACGUUGGAAUUGAUAGACAGAGGUAUGCUUUCGAGAUGCAAAUUGGUGUAUCUACUGACACAGUGACCAUACUUUUACAUUGUUCGAGCAUUAAAUUCUUGUAUUACCUCGAUCCUCACUGUAAGUCCACACUUCUGUAACUUUAUUUGCAUUCAGGAAUAAAUAUGCGAUUGAAUUCCUUUCUU